AUGGAGUACGUAUCCCAGGAAUGGUAUAUAUUAUUAUUCAACGAACGCGACCGUCUUGCUUCCCCAUAUCUCGCAUCACAAAGCCUGUGUGAGACAGAACUCGGCAAGAUAGAAACAUUCAAAAACCAGCUAUCCACACACCCCCUCCCAGGUUUAACCCCCUCACAAGUUCUGAUUCCCAAUACGACCUUUCCCUCAUAUCGGAAGCGCAACCACUUUUCACCCUGCACGAAUUAUUAUGCUGCGUAUGCGGAUUCGCAUUCAUUGAAGAAUUGUGGCAUUAGCGCACACGAAGGUCAACAUUAUCUGAAAAGUUCAUCACGCCCUUUCAAGCGGUGGCUCGCAAUUUAUGGCUUGAAAAAGGGUCAAAAACUUCGCAAACUUCGCCCUCUCAUCCUCGUUCGUAGCCUUGCAUCUUUAGAGACGCAUCAACACGAAAAUUGGACGCCCAUAGGCCUUUCCGGGCGGUGA